UAUGGCCGACGUUGGUUAAAAUCUUGCAGUACAAGGCUUUUUCUGCAAUGAUUCCUAGGUGGAAACAUUGUUUACAAGCAUAUUUAUUCUAAUUAUUUCUACAUGGAUAACUUCGAUCGGAGAUGGGGAGAAAGUGACCUGUCGUGAUCUUAUUAUGGGCAGUAUCCUAUUCAAAUGUAAAUGAAAUGCAGGACUGUGCCUGUCGAAAAAGAUGGUCGAAAUAUCACUGAAUGUAUUCAAAACGUACCAUGCCGUUAUACCAAUGACCACUCGUACGAAACCGCUCUUUUGUUAUCAGUCUUCCUUGGACUGUUAAAGUUUUGCACACUUGGUUUCUUCUUUGUAUUUCAUCUUGUAGAUGUUAUUUUGAUUGCAACACAGAAAACGAAGGUUACUUUGCAACAAAUGCUGAUACAAAGAUUGGAGAACAACAAAAGACAAACAUCACUAAGAAACCAAAGAGGAUAUUGAAAGAUAUUAAAACAAAGAAAGGGUAACUAAGCAAACAAACAGAACUAUUCUGUGAUUAUUGUUUAUUGAAGUACAGGCGGCCCAAGCUCCAGCUGUGAGAUGAUCAUCUUGUGCACUAACAGUCAUGGCGGAAUUAUAAUAGUUUGUAUGGGAAUAUUUACGACCACUCUAAGGAAUAAAAAAAUACGUCAAAUUCUCAAAAAAAUACCUCACCUUACUUCCACAGCGUAUUUCUUGUUAUCUGACCGCUUACUUUGAUGAAAAGAACGCAUUUUAGCGAGUUGUCUCAGUUUAGAGGUUUCUAACAG